AUGAGUUCGUACGGCAUUGCAGACCUCAGGUUCAUCAAGGCAUCCACCGUGUACUCAUGGUUUAAAGGCGGAGCCCCCGGCCGAUUCGCCGUGGUAGAUGUCAGAGAUAGUGACUACGUAGGCGGCCAUAUCAAAAACUGUCUUCAUGUCCCGGCCGCCAACUUCCACGAAACUUUACCGGCGUUACGCCAGAAACUCUUUGAUAUGAAGGUCCAAGACGUGGUGUUCCAUUGUGCACUUUCUCAGGUUCGGGGCCCAUCUUCGACUCUCAAGUUCUUGCGGUCAUUGGAAGAAAUCAAGGAUCCCCAACAAAUCGAGUUUUUUAGUAAUUUGAGUGUAUGGGUCAUGCAAGGGGGAUUUACUGCGUGGCAGCAGAAAUAUGGAGAAGAUGAGUCGGUGACAGAGGCGUACGAUAAAGAGAUCUGGGAUUUUGGCAUCUAG